AUGUGUGCAGCGGCGGUACGUGCUGCUGGCAUGUUGAUAUACCGAAACGCAAAUAACCAAUUUGAAUAUCUGUUAUUACAAGCCUCCUAUCCACCGUACCACUGGACACCACCGAAAGGUCAUGUUGAUCCGGGUGAGGAUGAAUGGGCAGCAGCUGUUCGUGAAACGAAAGAAGAGGCCGGUAUUGGCCUAGAGCAUCUGGAUGUACAUAAGGAUUUCGAAGAGGUUUUACGCUAUCAAGUUAAGCAGAGCCGAUAUGACGGAGAAGUUACUAAAGAUAAAACGGUAAAAUACUGGUUGGCACGGUUAUGUGACAAUGACGCCAUAAAAUUAUCGGAUGAACACCAAAAAAUGAAAUGGCUGCCACUGGAGGAGGCAAUCGAAACGGCGCAUUUCGACGAUAUGGCUAAGUUGUUGCGGAAGGCCGAAAACUUUUUGCAAAGUAAGCAGCAGGGCUCAAAAUGA